CCAUGCCAAGUGAUUGGUUUGAGGAAGCUUAGGCUCAUAGUUGAAUAGUAAACCGCGGAUUAAUAAAUGUUUUAUACAUAAACCUGACUGGAUGUUGUAAGUCCAAUGUGCUCUUGGCUUGUUACUUGUUAAAGAUCUUCUAUACUGAAGCUGAUGUAGAAAUAAGAGUUGCAAAUUAAUUAAGUGAAAUCUGAUUUUAAACAAAAGUGUGAUAUCUAAUACAGAAAUUCACUUAGGAUUAACUGCUCCAGAACUGGAAAGGUAUCUGUUUUGACGAAGGAGGAAUUACAUAUGACGUCGUAACAAUGCCAGAAUACCUAGGGUCAUGACAAAGAAACACAGAAGGAAAUAAGAACGAAUUUGGAUAAAAAUAUUACCAAACAUGGCUAAUAUUUAUAUAUUUCUCCUUUUUCCAUUGAUUCUUCUGAAUCAGUGUCUGGCAAACCCGCCAAACAUUACUUUUCCGUUACAAGAGGAGAUGCCAAAUAACACUAUUAUCGGUAGUAUCAUUGAAGAACUGGAUUUGGCGACUAAAUUAGAACCCAGUGUUCUAGACAGCAUCCAAUUUAGAUUUAUGGACGGUUCGGCCAUUUCUACGAUGUUUCGUAUAGAUAGUGAUAGUAGUAAGAUUUUCACGGUGGGUGUCAUAAAUCGUGAAGAUGAAAAUGUUUGUAAGUUUAAAGUGGAUUGUUUCUUCGAUUUCGAGGUGCUAGUUGGAACACCGUUAUCUUCUGUUUACUUGGAGAUUAUAACUGUUCGUAUAAACAUCACUGAUAAAAAUGAUAAUACACCAACAUUUUCGAAAUCUAUAAUGGUCUUGAAUAUUUCGGAAUCGACUGCUGUACACAAAAGUUUUCUAAUAGAGAAUGCACAGGAUUUAGAUCGAGGAAUGAACAAUUCAAUACAGUCUUAUGAACUUGUUGCUCUGCAAGCACAAUCUGAUUUCGUGCUUCGUCAAGAAGCAAGUGCAAUCGAUGACAGUCCCAUAUUGAACUUAGAGGUGGAUCAGGAAUUAGAUUAUGAAAGACAGACUAACUACGAACUUAUUAUUUUGGCGAGAGAUGGAGGUUUACCACCACGCACUGGUACUCUCACUAUUCAAGUCAACAUUCUGGACGAGAAUGACAAUAAACCGAUCUUCAAAGAUCCGGCUGUGAAUAUAACCGUGACAGAAGAUCUUCAGCCCAACAGCCUCAUUUUCACUAUGGAUGCUACUGAUAAGGAUUCUGGGAAACUGGGCGAAGUAUUUUAUAGACUGCGAAAAUCUCAACCUCAGGAAAUAUACGAACUGUUUGAAAUUGGAGAAAAUGAUGGACAUUUAACGGUGAAAGGAACAUUGUCAUACCAACCAGGAAAGGUGUAUACAAUUAUUGUAGAGGCCUCGGACAAGGGAAGUAACCCUCUUGUGUCCUCAGCUGUCGUUAGACUCACAGUGCGUGACUCCGGAAAUAAUGCACCAAAAAUAAGCCUCAGUUUCAUAUCUGAUAAAUAUCAAGACAAAGUGGAGAUCUGCGAGUGUUCAGAACUACAAAUGUUUGUCGCCCUUAUUCAGGUUUCGGAUAUAGACACGGGGGCAAACGGAGAGGUCACUUGCUCAACAUUCAGCACUUAUUUCGGACUAUCUAGUUUUGGAAGCCAAAGAUAUAAGGUCAUAGUUCAACACAAACUGGACAGAGAGUCAAUACCAGAACACAACAUCACAGUUACGUGCCAUGAUAAAGGAACUCCACAGUUAGAUGGUUCAGUGACUUUCACCGUCAUUGUCUCUGAUGACAACGAUAACCCACCUAAGUUUUCGCAACAUUACUACAGCAUCAGCAUGGAGGAAAACAAUGCCCCAGGUCAUGAGGUCAUCCAAGUCGCCGCCACUGAUGAAGAUAUAGAGGAAAAUGGGGUCGUGACCUAUGCUAUAGAUCCACCUACAGACCACCGAUUUGAAAUUGAUCCAAUUACUGGCGUUGUCCGUGCCAACAUGGUGUUUGAUAGAGAGGCUACUGCUCAUGUGACCUUGAGCGUCAUCGCUGUAGACAAUGGGUCACCAGCCCUUAACGCUACGGCCACUGUUGUUAUAGACAUCAUUGACCAAAAUGACCGAGAUCCUGAAUUUCUCAAGAGUAUUUUCCCAUUCAGAAUCUCGGAAAAUCUACCUGCAGAAACGCCUGUUGGUUCAGUGACGGCUGUGGAUGAAGACCAAAAUUCGAAUGGUGAAGUCAGGUACCGAUUCCCUCAAGGUUUUGAUGUUUACUCGCUUCCUUUUGUUAUAUACCCAAGUGGAGAAAUUAAAACCACAAAAGAGCUCAAUCGUGAGGAUCUCAGUCGUUAUGACUUUGUUGUAGAGGCAUAUGAUCAGGGAAAUCCCUCCAGAACAGGGUCAACACAGGUCGUGAUUACAGUAACCGAUAGCAACGACAACAUGCCUCAAUUCAUAUUUCCAAAUGAAGAGAAUUACACAAUUUCCAUCCCUCAUACGACUCCUGAAGAUAGUAUCAUUGCUUCAAUCCAAGCUUAUGACAUGGACGAUGGUGAAAAUGGAAAAGUAAUGUUCUUCAUCAAAAAGGGGGAUGUUGAUAAUAUGUUUUACCUCAAUCAUGAAACUGGAAGUCUUCAUAUCCGCAGGGCUUUCGAAUUUCAUGAGGAUAAGCAAUAUACUCUGACCUUAGAGGUCAAAGAUCGUGGGUCACCCAUUGUUCAAUCCAAAGAUCGUGACCUCCAUAUUAUCGUGAGAUAUGUUAACACAACGACAAUGAUAACAACACCACAGGACGCGGACAAAUUUGUGCUAAUUGUUGUUUCUGUUGUGUGUGUAACUGUAGUGCUAUCAAUCGGCCUGAUUGCUGUCAUUUGUGUGCUACGUAAACGGGAAAAAGACAAAAAUAACAACCCUGAGUUAUCUUUCCCUACUCAGUGUACCAGUAUACCAAAUCUCUAUGAUGAACCGAAUCCUUCGUCACAUGGCAAACCCAAGUCUAAAGCCAAAGUGAGCUUUUCUUUGGAUUCCAAUUCUCAGUUUACAAAGAAUCAACUGUUACAGAAAUUAACAGGUUCACCGACUGGAAACAAACCAGAGGUCAAGGACACAGAGAAACUGGUUGUACACCUCCCUGGUGGACACAAAUACCCACCAAGCAAUCCAGAAAAAAUCAACAACUUCCAUCAAAAACAGGCGGUAGUAUCUAAAUCGCACCAGGAAGAAAGUUUAAGUGAGUCAUCCGGGGAAACUCUGCCAUCAGAUAGUGGCCAUGGAGGAAGUGAAGAAGACUUCUCACAUGCAGAUAAUCAAAACACUUUUGAACUCAACCCGCUAUUUGCACAAGGGAAGGAUACGCCUGGAAUAUAUGUCAUACGACAACACAGUCAUGGUGGAAACUCGGACGUUCCGAUCACAAAACCUCUCAAACAUCAAAACAGAUACUCAUUACCACCAGGCAUCAAAGUGCCCAGUGUUCCUGUAAAAAACACCAAUCGCUAUCUAGAUGACAGUUUAUUGACCUCUAGUGUGAGUUCUACAAUGUGCUCAACAAAUCGUAGUCAAAAUUCACAUAAAAACAAUGCUAAUGCAGUGAAUACAUUGCCUACGAUAUUUGACUUGCAAUCAAAAGGUCAUUCUAGUUUUGACUUUGGUAGUGGCUCAAUAUUUUACAGUAAAGAUUUCACACUUGGCAGCCAAAGUGCACAUAGCCGAGACGAUGACGAGGUCACAACCACGUCGGGAAGUUAUACGAUAAAUCCAGACGAGUUAGACGAUGAUUUCUCAAUACGUCCAAACGACCUCUACGUAUGAAGGCAGCGUUGGUGUGAUAUGUUUUGGUUGAGGUCCGAACAGUUUGGAAUAUAUGUAUUUAUAAAUGAGUGAAAUUGGAGAAGAUUUGGUGCAAUAUUGGAUCAUGAAUCAUACAGAAGUCAUCACAUAUGUGGGAAUCUACGGCAACAACAGUGCCUACCUCGGGAAAACUCGUUCCAGAAUGGUCAGCGAGGUAUCCAUCCUUUAGAAACUUACCCAGGAGAAGAAAGAAGUCAACAAAUAUGGUAUGGCCAACCAGGAUGUCAAAGUCAACAGUUACAAAGAAAAUUCCACCACCAAAGAGUUAUAAAGACAUGGACAAAAUAUGACAAUGGGCAUUUAAAUGUUUUAAGCCGAAAUUGUCAUACAUAAAUGUUGAAAGUUUAUUAUAAUAGAUUAUAUCUGUUAAAAUUCACUUGAGACUUUUUGUAAUAUAUAAGUUGAAAAUGAAAUAUUUCUUAACUAGGAAUAAAUCAGAUAUUUGAUUUAUAAAUGAUUUUAACUUUUUUAGAAUUGUGUUUUUGUAAAAACAGGAAUUAUACCAUGGUGUGAGGAAUGAAGUGAUCAAUGUGCCAUACAUUAGUGCUAUAAUGGAUUAAGUGGUCUGAUCUCUGUCUUAAGCAUGAAAUCCUAAACAGUAAAUAGACAUUAAACGGAAACUCAAUAAACCAAUUAAAUGUAAUUGGUUAAUUAAGAUGAUAAUUGAUCAGUAUAAUAUCUUACCUUUUCUGUGUCUGAUGGUGCUGUUAGAUCAUAGUCUAUAAAAAUUCUUGUUUCCUUUUUUGAUUAUUUUGAGGAUGUUGCUAGUUGAAAUACACAAUGCAUUGUGGAUGAGCUAUAUUUGUGACAGAAAACCGAUCUAGUGUCGGAAUGAAGAUGAAGUAUGAUUUUUUUUUAACAAGAAAAGUUAAACACAAACACUAGAGAUCCAGCAGCUUUAACCAAAGUUAUUUAAUCUAUGUGAUAUAUGAAUUAUCCCUAUAUUUUACUGUAAUAUGAAUGUGUUCACUAUAUCACAGUAUAUGCUAAUUAAGGUUUGAUCUAUAUGGCUUCUGUGUUCUAACGUCACUGUAAAACUUACAGUGUUAAGUGUAUUGUUUACAUGUUUUGUUCAAAUCCAUGUUCAGCCAAGAUUAAUUUCCUUAUUUUAUUUUUUUUUUUUACAAGCAAAGGAAAAGUUUAUAUACACCUGUUUUGGUAAACAUUAGAAUAAAUACUUAUCAAAUGAUAAGAUAUUUAUUGUGUAAUUAAUAAUUUGGUAACAUUAAAAAUUGUCAGGAUUUAUUGGAUUGUAAUAAAACAUGUUUUUCCCCAUUUUGGGUCAAUUGAAGAAAUUAAAAUUAAUUCAUAAUUGGACAAUGAGAUAUACAAAAUAGUAUACCUUGGUGUUUGAUAAACAGAGAGAAAAAACUGAAAGUAAUUGAGAGAUGAAAUUGAAAAUACAGAAUGAAGAUCAAGGAGUAUAUAUUCUUUGGUAUUUGAAAGACAGAGUGAUGAAAAAGGAUAGAGAUAGAGAGUGAUAGACUG